GACUCGGAUGAGGAUUUUUCCUAAUUGCUCUCCACCGAAUGCUUCGAAUAGCCAAACCCUAAGCUUAAUUCUGCAGCCGACUUUCUCUCUUGCUUUUCCUUGAUCAACUACUCCACUGGAUUUUCCUUGUCUCCAGCGAAUUCUACUCCCCACCUCCGCCGAAAACACCUUCUCCGGUGGCCAAACCCUAGGAAUUUUUGAUCGAUUUUUUUACAUUCUAUGUCUGGGUUUGAGUGAUGACCUCUACUUGGUGAAUUGUACAAACUAGGAAAUUUCUGUGAAUAAGAUUGGAUUGGAGUACCCACUUAUGGUCAACGGUAAUAGUGUAGCAUGUCAAAUAAUGUUAUCUCACAACAGUUCCCGAUCCAAGGCUUGCAAAUUGGCCAACUGGAACCCAUAUUGAAUAAGAUGGAUUCUCCACUACCUGAAAUGCGAAUGAUGGGAACUGCAAGAUCGGUAUCAUCAAAUAAUACUGUGUCACAGCAGUUUUUGAUUUCAAACAAGCAAACAGAACCGAUGGAAUCUAUCUCCAAUAAUCCUGUAUCACAGGGGUUAUCAGCAAUGAACUUUCAAAUGGGACAGAUGGAAGCCCACGCAAAUAGAACUACGGAAUCACAGCAGUUCCUAACAUCUAAUGAUGAAAUGGGACAGAUGGGAUCCAUGCUGAAUAAUGUGGGUUUGCAGCAAUUGUCCACAAAUUUUAAGCGGAAGGCACCAAUGGAACCCAAUCCUCAUAACUCAAUGUCACAUAAGCGGAUGGCACAAAUGGAACAUAGACCAUGGUUACAGCAAGUGUCUGGAUCGAACAAAAGAGUUGUGCAACUGGAAUCUGUGCCAAAUGCUCCAGCUUCACCGCAUUUGCCUUCACCUAAUAAGAAAACUGUAAAGAUAGAGUCCUUUUCAAAUAAAUCCGCUUUGCAGCGGUCCUCAAGUCAAAAAAAUCAAAAUGUCCAGAUGCAGCCAUCAUCCAAGGCUUCAACUGAAUCAUCUGAAUCUGUGAGGUCCAAGAUGAGGGAGUCACUAGCUGCUGCAUUGUCCUUGGUUGAUCAGCUGAAAAAUAAACCUUCGAAUUCUCAGAGCGAGGCUGGAAAUUCUCAAGUGAGGACACAGGAGAAUCUUCAGCCUGGUGGAUCAGCUUUUGAAGCUGGUAAUGCUGAAUCUAUAACCGAAGAGUCCAAAGACACUUUGCACUCCAUUGGUAGUUCUGGUCAGAAAAGCAAUGAUGUGGGAGGUGGGUCUCUUAGAGGUUUUGCUGAUGUAAGAACUGAUGAUUUUAAUAAGACCUCAGUACAUGAUGAAAGAGAAUUCCAAUCAUGUAAUGUUUUGCCUUAUGAUGUGUCAUUUAGUGAGAACCUUUUUGUUAAAGAUGAACUAUUACAGGGAAACGGGCUUUCCUGGGUAUUGGAUUCUGAUAUGCAGUUGACGGAGACAAAGGAAAUUCAAGCGUCUGGAAAACGAAAUUUGGAUUGUGGGGGAGUGGGUGGAGUUAUGGCUGAACAAGCAACUUCAAAUUUGCAACGUUCUCCACAACAUUUAGCAUCCAAAAUUGAAGCAGAAUUAUUCAAGUUAUUUGGAGGUGUAAAUAAAAAGUACAAAGAGAAGGGAAGAUCUCUUCUGUUCAACUUAAAAGACCGUAAUAAUCCAGAACUGAGAGAAAGAGUUAUGUCUGGAGAAAUUCCUCCUGAAAGACUUUGUUCAAUGACUGCUGAGGAGCUUGCUUCCAAGGAGCUUUCUGAGUGGCGGAUGGCUAAGGCAGAAGAGCUUGCUCAAAUGGUAGUUCUGCCUGAUUCUGAAGUUGAUAUUAGGCGUUUAGUGAAAAAAACACAUAAGGGUGAGUUUCAAGUUGAAGUUGAACAAGAUAAUAUUGUUCCAGCGGAGGUUUCUGUUGGCACAAGUUCUCUUGGGCAGAGUCAGACAAAAAGCAAAGAUUCUACCCGUACUCCUAGAAAGCCUGAGGGAGGGAAAGGCCAACAAAAUGCUUCAGGUGAGAAUAGUAGUUCAGGAGAACAAAAUGGUUCAUAUACCCUGACUAUUCCUUCAAGUGAAGGAACUGAUCCAAUGGAAGGACUGAUGGUGGAUGAUGGGUUGAAGGAUGCAGAAUUUCUCCCUCCAAUUGUCUCCCUAGAUGAAUUCAUGGAAUCACUAGACUCAGAGCCACCAUUUGAGAAUAUGCCAGUUGAUGCUGCAAAAAUGACACCUACUUCAGACAAGGAUGACUCUGAGGUUGGCUCUGAAUUGAAGUCUAUGGAUCCAACUCCAAAAGACACUGCUGAUGCUUCCCCUAGGAAUCUUGACAAUGUUGACGACAAUGUUGCUAUUACUCAUGCAAACUUAGAUGCUGACAUUAAAUCAAAUGAUAGUGAUUUGAAAUCUAAUGAUGGUGACUCUGAUGUGAACUCCAGAGCUGGUCUAGCUGGUAAGAAAUCUAAUGACAGUUCUGUGGAAUCAGAAACUGCCUUGUCUAGCACACAAAAGGGUGAACAAGUAUGGGGAGGCUUACUUCAGCUCAAUAUCUCAACGACAGCCUCUGUUAUUGGCAUCUUUAAAAGUGGUGAAAAAACCUCUGCAAAAGAGUGGCCUGGCUUUCUUGAAAUCAAAGGGAGAGUCAAACUGGAUGCAUUUGAGAAGUUCCUUCAAGAGCUACCUUUGUCUCGCAGUCGUGCUGUCAUGGUGGUGCAUUUUGUUCUCAAGGUGGGGUCCCCUGAAAAUGAGCAAGCAAGUCUUAAGGAGGUUGCGGAUUCAUAUAUUGUUGAUGAGAGGGUCGGUUUUGCUGAACCCGCUCCUGGAGUGGAACUUUAUUUUUGUCCGCCUUAUAAUAAGACACUUGAAAUGCUGGGAAAGAUCAUCCAGAAGGAACACAUUGAGGCAGUUAACGCAAUUGAUAAUGGCUUAAUUGGUGUUAUUGUAUGGAGAAAAUUAACUACCACCUCUCCCAAAUCAUCUUCUCAGCACAAACACGUGUCAAAAAAGAACCAUUUCAGUUCUAGGAGACAUCAAGAUACAAAUUUGAAUGCCAAAUAUACAACACCCAAAUCAACUGCAUCCCACGGCCAAGAUACCACCAACCCCAGACCGUCACCUGAUGAUGAUGAUGAUAUUCCUCCAGGCUUUGGCCCUCCGGCUUCCCGGGAUGAAGAUGACCUUCCUGAAUUUAACUUUUCUGGUGGUUCAAAUUCAUCAGUGCCGCCUUUUUCUGCCCAAAAUCCUAGUAGGGGGCUAGGAAUAGCCUCGUAUCGGCCACCUUCACAGACUUCUUCUCGCCCUGUAGAUCAGAUGAGAGAGCUUGUUCAAAGAUAUGGACAACCAAACACCAGUCCAUAUCCAGGAAACUGGCAGGACAAAGUAGGAGGCAGUGGUGUUGCGGUUCAACCUUGGAACGAUGAUGAUGAUGACAUACCCGAGUGGCAGCCACAUGCACCACAACAGCAGCAAACACCACUGCAACCAGUGCACACCUUACAGCAGCCACCAAUGCUGCGACCUCAUUUUGUAAACCAACCACAUUUGGUGCCGUCUCAUCAGGCAGCCCAUCAGACAUUGAUGCCCUUGCAAUCGCUGCAGCCUCCUAUCAAUGCGACAAAAGCCCCAGAAAAUCAUGCCUUAUGGCAGCAUGGCGGCUGGUGGGUUCCUCCGGUCGAGGGGAACAACCUGAGGCCAGAGAUAGCAAAAGUUUUUGGGCCAUCCGGCCAAGGAAUAAAUACUGGUCAACCAGCCAUGGGCUGGCAACAAAAUGCCCCCACAAGUAGAGGAUUUUGAUUUUCUGAUUUUCUCCUCUCAUGUAAAAAGUUAAAUGUUUCUUCUUUGUAUUUCGUCUGGUCAAUGUAAGCAUAAUCGAUCAAAAUGGUUGCAGUAGUUUUUUGAAACCAAA